AUGUUUUCAAGAAUUGUAUUUAAUCGAAAUAGUGCUGUAACAAACAAUUUCUAUCGAUAUAUUUUAACGUCAUCGACUAGAUUGCAAGGAGCAGAAGUAACACAAUUUAAGGAAAAGUAUGACGCUGUUAAAAUACCUGAGAAAAAGCCGAAACGAGAACCGCUCAUUAAGAAUUUCUUUGUCGCAAAAGUUGACACCGAAUUAAUGGCAUAUCCAGAAGCUUUAUAUGAUAAUAGUGUAUUAAAUCAUGCGACGCAAAGAAAAAAUUCGUAUAAUGACUUUCUGGAAACGAAUGUCUUCAAUAAUCCAGAUGACAGCAAGAAUUUAUUUAAAAUGAGUCAAUUUGGAAGCUUUAGCUGUGAACCAUCACUGCAAACUGAACAGUUUUAUUCUCAAAGUGAACCAGAAUCCAAGGUUUUAAGCUAUAAUGUCUUUACAACGAGUCAUAAAAUUGUUGGAGAUAUUAUUGCAAAUUACGGAAGUGAAGAUUCAAAAUCCAGAUAUCUAUCAAGACUGACAAGAGGAGAAAUGAUUGGAUCUAUUUGUCUUACAGAGCCGGUUCCACCAAGGACAGAAAACAGACCAUUUAAUACAUUAGCUCGAAAAACAGACAAUGAUACAUGGAUUCUUGAUGGAGAGAAAUCGAAUGUACUCAUAAAUGAUCUUGGAUCAUCCUUAUUUCUAGUUAUUGCUUCAAUUGAAGCAACCAAUAAUUGCGGUGACUUUGAGGAAAAAGCUGCAAUGUUUCUUAUUGAUGGAAGUACUCAUGGUGUUACAAUAUCUGAAAAUCAGUCUACAAUUGGAUUUAAGGAAGCAACUUUCCGACGAGUCACGCUCAAACUUAAAAAUGUUGAGAUUUCUAACGAAAAUUUUGUCAGUGACGAUAUAAGUACUUCGAUAGAAUUGCUCAACCAGAUGAGAUUAAAUGUUGGAAUAAUGGCAGUUUCUGCAAUCAUGAAGCCUAUCAUAAAUAAAUUAACAGACUACAUCAUCAAUACAAAAGUUCAAAAUAUACAUUUUAAAGACAUUGAUACGUUAAAAGAAAAAAUGGGAAAAUUAAUGGCAAAUUGUUAUGCGCUAGAAAGUAUGGUAUAUUUAACAGCUGGAUUAAGGGAUAUUUAUGAAAAUCAAGAUAUUGAUGUCGAGUGUGGAAUAAUAAAAGCAUUUGCUGUAGAAUCACUGUCUGAGUUCAUAACAGCACCAAUGCAUAUAGUUGGACCAAAAUGUACAAUAACUGAUGAAGGAUAUGACAAAAUAAUUCGUGACGCAAUUCAAUUGAUAGGCACAGAAGAGCCUAUAGCAACUUUAAAUCAGUUUAUUGGUUUAAGUGGAAUGAGUCAUGCUGGAAAAGAAUUUAAUGCUAUGAUAAAGAAGCAAAGAAGCAUUUUAGAUCAUCCAAUGUUUAUCUUUAGUCGAAUGAGGAACGAAAUAUCGAUUGAAGAUCCAAAAUUAAAAAUGGAAUUGUGGCAUUAUUUACAUCCAUCAUUGAGACCAGCAGGAACUUAUCUUGAAGCAUCAAUCUAUCGUUUAAGAGCAUCAAUUGAGAUUCUUCUAGGACGAUAUGGAACACAAAUAUUUCAGCAUUCAGCUGAGAUUGCAAAAAUCUCAGAAAUGGCAACAUUAUGUUAUGCUAUGUUCGCAGCAAACUCCAGAGCAUCCCGAUCGUAUUGCAUUGGAUUAAGAAAUGGUGAACAAGAAGUUUAUCUUUCGAAUGCCUUUAGUUUUGACUUGUCAAAUCGUAUAAAGAAAAUAGCACAUGAUAUUGAUAGUGGUGAACAUGGAACAUCAAUGCAUGUCUAUAAAGUUGUUGGAGAAAAGCUAAUGGAAACUAAGAAAUAUCAGUUUGAACAUCCAACAACCAGAAACUUUUAA